GGAAGGAGAUACACCUCGCUGCUUUAAUGUUGCUUUCUCAUUUCAGAAUCCACACGGGUGAAAAACCUUUUGUCUGUGAUGAGUGUGGUGCCAGGUUCACUCAGAACCACAUGCUUAUCUAUCACAAGCGGUGUCACACAGGGGAGAGGCCUUUUAUGUGCGAGACGUGCGGGAAGAGCUUCGCCUCCAAGGAGUACCUGAAACACCACAACAGGAUCCACACGGGAUCCAAACCGUUCAAGUGCGAAGUUUGCUUCCGAACGUUUGCGCAGAGGAACUCGCUGUACCAGCACAUAAAAGUGCACACAGGUGAGCGGCCCUACUGCUGCGACCAGUGUGGCAAGCAGUUCACGCAGCUCAACGCGCUGCAGCGGCACCACCGCAUCCACACCGGCGAGAAGCCCUUCAUGUGCAACGCCUGCGGGCGAACCUUCACCGACAAGUCCACCCUCCGCCGGCACACGUCGAUACACGAUAAGAACACACCCUGGAAGUCCUUCCUCGUCAUUGUGGAAGGAGCAUCUAAGAACGACGAAGGUCACAAAACAGAGCUUCCCGACGAGGAGUACGACGUGUCACCUAAAAUACCCGAGAAGCUGCUGUCUUUCUCGGAGAACGGCCACUAUCAGAACGUCACUGCUGUCGCGGGGAGCGCGACGGCGCUGCACGACGGCGGAUCUGCCACGGGAACGGACCGUAAGUCAGACAGGACCCCGGGACCCCAGGAAGCCCUUAUAGCCACCACUCUGAGCGAGCUGACCGUGCUGCAGACGCAGACAGACUCCGUGCAGCCACAGCUUCACGCUCUGGUGAACAUGGAAUAA